AGGUCACAAGAAGAGGAAGAAAGGAGAAGGCGAAGCGGCCACCCCCAAAUCUCCCUCACUCGGUCACUCCACUCCAACCGGCACCGCGAGCCACAUCACGCUCAGUACUCCACACAUCAGCCCCACCAUGCCUGUCAAGAAGCCGGAAAUAUUCUACACUAAGCUCUUCAUCAACAAUGAAUUCGUGGAUGCAGCAAACGGGAAGACAUUCAGUGUGCUGGACCCCUCCUCAGGGGAGGUCAUCUCCAACGUGAGCGAGGCAUCUGCGGAGGAUGUAGACAAGGCAGUGGCAGCAGCACGUGCAGCCUUCAGCAGCAAAGCCCCGUGGCGCACCAUGGAUGCUUCUCAGCGAGGAGAGCUCAUGUACAAGCUGUGUGACUUGAUUGAACAAGACUCUGAUUACUUGGCUAGGCUGGACACCCUAGACAACGGCAAACCAUACACAGAAUGCUUGGGUGACCUCGAUUACUCCGUCAAGACCCUCCGUUACUAUGCUGGCUGGUGUGACAAGAUUCAUGGUGAUACUGUUCCUUGUGACGGCCCUUACAUGUGCUUGACAAGGAAGGAGCCGGUGGGGGUGGUGGGCCAGAUCAUUCCCUGGAACUACCCUGUUAUGAUGCUGGCCUGGAAGUGGGGUCCUGCAUUGGCCACUGGCUGCACUGUUGUCCUCAAGCCUGCUGAACUCACACCACUAAGUUCCCUUUAUGUGGCCCAGCUAGCUAAGAAGGCCGGCUUCCCUCCUGGUGUUUUGAACGUAGUGCCAGGGCUUGGAAAUGUGGCCGGACAUGCUGUAGCCCAUCACCAGGAUAUUGAUAAGGUGGCAUUCACAGGAUCAACAGCCAUAGGAAGGAAGAUCAUGCAGGCUGCUGGUGUCUCCAACUUGAAGCGAGUGACCAUGGAGCUGGGAGGCAAGAGUCCCUUGGUGGUGUGUGAAGACUGUGGAGACCUGGAUGAGGCUGCUGAGCUGUGCCACACUGCCAUGUUUGGGAACCAUGGCCAGAACUGCUGUGCUGGCUCCAGGACCUUUGUGCAUGAGAGCAUCUAUGAUGAGUUUAUAAAGAGAGCUGUGAAGCUGGCUAAGGAGAGGAUUGUGGGAUGUCCUUUUGAUGAGAAAACACAACAGGGCCCUCAGGUGAGCCAGCAGCAGAUGGAGCGUAUAUUGGGCUACAUUGAGAAGGGCAAGGCUGAGGGGGCCCGCCUAGAGUGUGGGGGAGCCAGGCUGGGGAACAAAGGCUACUUCGUCCAACCAACAGUGUUUUCUGAGGUGACAGACAACAUGACCAUUGCCAAGGAGGAGAUCUUCGGGCCAGUCCAGGUGAUCCUCAGGUUCAGCACAUUUGAGGAAGUGAUUGAGCGCUCCAACAAGACUGAGUAUGGUCUCGCCUCCGGUAUAAUAACUAAGGACAUCAACAAGGCUCUCACUUAUGCCCAGGCUGUUCGGGCUGGCUCAGUCUGGGUGAACUGUUAUGACCUGUGCCUGCCCCAGACACCAUUUGGAGGAUACAAGCAGUCAGGACAUGGCAGGGAAUUGGGUGAAGAUGGCUUGGCUGAGUACCUAGAGACAAAGACCAUUCUCAUCAAGGUACCUUCUAAGAUGUCCUGAGAUACCACCUUUAAACUAAUGAGGUUCCAUCCAAGCUGUAACACGUACCAAGCUGGGGGAAUUGAGAAGUCUCACAGAUCAAGACCAAGCAUAUAAAUAAGAAGAAAAAAAAUUAUAUUUACAUUGAAGAAUUUUCUAUUUACAUUAAAGAAUUUUCAGACAA